AUGGCGUAUCGCGAGAAGGACAUUGAUGGGUCACCGACAUCAUUUGACCGCGUCGAAACUGGAACCGCAUACGAUGAUACCAUUGUCUGUCCACCACACACAACCGAGCGCAAACUAGUCAACAAGAUCGAUUUUCACGUCGUCCCGUUCUUGUGUAUCCUCUACUUGCUUGCCUUCCUCGACAGAGUCAACAUCGCAAAUGCCAAUGUUGCAGGCUUGUCCCCCGACCUUCACCUAGAAAAGCAUGAAUACAACAACGCUCUCGUCAUCUUCUUCGUGCCAUACAUCCUCUUCGAAAUCCCUAGCAAUAUCCUGUUAAAGAAGUUCAAGCCGCACGUGUGGUUGUCGGGGUGCAUGUUUCUUUUCGGUCUUACCACAACAUUGCAAGGAGUUGUUCAAAAUUAUUCUGGAUUGUUGGCUACGCGCUUCUUCCUAGGUGUGUUCGGCUUGGAUCUCAAACCUUCUAAUCGCAUGACACAGAUGCUCAUUAUUCGCNNAGGUCUUUUUGAAUCCGGCAUGUUCCCAGGAUGCUUCUACUUGCUUUCCUCGUGGUACUUGAGAACCGAAGCACAAAGAAGAUACAGUUUCUUCUUUUCGAGUACAACACUUGCCGGUGCCUUCGCUGGCCUGCUCGCCGCGGCAAUCGGAAAGAUGGAUGGCGUCGCAGGUUACAGAGGCUGGAGAUGGAUCUUUAUCCUCGAAGGGAUCCUCACUUGUGUCGUCAGCAUCGCAUUCUUCUUCGUACUUCCCGAUUUCCCCGAAGACAGCAAAUGGCUCACAGAGGAAGAGAGGGCAUUCGUCGUCAACCGCCUUCGCAGUGAACAAGGUGCCUCAGCCGUUGAGCGCAAGACGAGUGCCAAAGAUGUUGCGAACGUGUUCAAGGAUUACAAAGUUUUCCUUGGAGGCUUCAUGUAUUUCGGCCUGAUCGUGCCUGCCUACUCCCCUGCCAUUAUCAAAGGCUAUGGCUACGGACAGAUCCAAACUCAACUUCACAGUGUACCUCCGUGGGCCGCCGCCUUCGGCUUUGCCAUGAUACUAGCUUACAUCUCCGACAAAACACGCCAUCGAUUCGCAUACGCCGUUUUCGCUGUUUGUAUCGCAAUCGUCGGUUUCGCCAUCUUGAUUUCGGUACACGACAACCGUCCUCUCGAAUACGCAGCUCUUUUCCUCGUAGCCAUGGGCUGUUAUUCAGCCAUGCCAAUCAUCGUUUGCUGGUUCAACAUGAAUCUCGGUGGCCACCAUCGCCGCAGCGUGGGUUCAGCUUGGCAAGUCGCCUUCGGCAACAUCGGUGGCAUCAUUGCUGUAUACUGUUUCCUCCAAAAGGACGCUCCACUCUACAAACCAGGCUACAUCCCCACCGAGGUUUGUGAUAUUGAAAAACAAGCUGCUUUUAUUUCGGUCCAGAUUACUCCUUGA